UCCCGGACCCGGAAGUGGAGUUGCCGAGUCACCGCAGUGGCUGAGCUGCUGACAGGAGGCGGCGGCGGAGGAGGAGGCGAGGCCAGACCUGCGGCUCGGCCCCGCCACAGCCGCGUACUGCUAGACAAGCCCACGGAGCCACGCGGGCCUUAGCCUGCCAGCGAACCUCCCGCCCCACUCCCACCCGUCGAUCCGCUCGGCCGCCUGCCCGCCCGACUCGUCCGGGGCGGCCUAGUCUGCACCACCCACCCGGCUCCUGGGGCCGCCGCCCCACGCGGUCCUGUUGGCGUCCCUGGCCGCGCCCGGCCCCGGGCCCGCUCGCUCGCCGGCACCAUGAUGGAGGAGAUCGACCGGUUCCAGGUGCCCACCGCGCACUCGGAGAUGCAGCCGCUGGAAACAAAUGGUCAAAAAUCAUGCUGUUUCUACUGUAUUAUGCCUGCCCAGGAGAUAUAGCUUUUGCCUCAUAAUUCCCAUAUUUUUCAAUCAGGACCCAGCUGCCAGCUCCAUCUCAGACGGGGACUGUGAUGGCCGGGAGGGUGAGUCAGUAGCCAUGAAUUACAAACCAUCCCCGCUCCAAGUAAAGCUGGAGAAGCAACGGGAGCUGGCCCGGAAGGGCUCCCUGAAGAAUGGCAGUAUGGGUAGCCCUGUCAUGCAGCAACCCAAGAAGAACAAUGUCAUGGCCCGGACAAGGCUGGUCGUUCCCAAUAAAGGCUAUUCUUCACUUGACCAGAGCCCAGAUGAGAAGCCACUGGUAGCCCUUGACACUGACAGCGAUGAUGACUUUGACAUGUCCAGAUACUCCUCCUCUGGCUACUCCUCUGCUGAGAUCAACCAAGAUUUGAACAUCCAGCUGCUGAAGGAUGGCUACCGGUUAGACGAGAUCCCCGAUGACGAGGACCUGGACCUCAUUCCCCCCAAGUCCGUGAACCCCACCUGCAUGUGCUGCCAGGCCACGUCCUCCACUGCCUGCCACAUUCAGUAGCGGGUAGGGCUGCCACAGUCAACGGAGCCGGGCCACCGCGGGCCAGGUCAGACAGGGCUGGGGCCGACCCCUCCCCAGCUCCUCUACCUGCCCCCCGGCCCUGCGUCCCCUACAGCCACCAACCUCGUAAAAGUCAUUGCUUCCUCCUAUGGUAGGACGUGUACCUCUGUGUGUUCAUGGAGCCGGAGAAACCAAAACCGGGUCUCUCUCCACCCCAGGGGCUGAGGAGGGGAAGGGGCUGUUUUUUCAGUUACUUGGGGGACUUUGCCCAGCACCUUGUCCACCUCCCCAAAGCUGCAGUCCAGUGGGGGAGUGGGGGGCUGGACAGCAGGAGGCCGACAGUAGUGAAGUGGGGAGAGGGAUCAAAGCCAGGGGCUUGGCCCCACCCCAGCGAAGCCAUGAAUCCUCCAGCCUAGUAAGGAAAAGGGCUUUGAGGGAGAAAGGCCCCAAGCAGUGGGGCAGGGCCCAGUACCUUAGAGCCCCCUCCAGCACCCCCUGCCAGCCCAUGUACCUAUUUGCAUCUCUCCCCUCAUCUCCAGAUGGGAAGCCUGGCAAAGUUGCCCAGUGGAAUAUUGUGCCCCACCUAUCAGAUCACUGCCUUCUUCCUUCUCUUUGCUCUAUUCACCCCUUCCUCCCUUGUUCUCUUAGUUGAAAGUAAAGUGGGUCUUAGAAAGAGGCCAGAAUUUGGGAUGGUUGGGAUGAUAUCUAUUCUCACCGGCCCCUAACCAAUUCAUCUCUCUGCCAAUAUGCCUCCCCACCCUGUCCCACUCCCAGACACACACACACACACAGUUUCUGUUCAUUGGCCUCUGUCCCAGGCUGGAAGCAGGAGGUAAGGUGGGCCUCGAAUGCCCUAUUCCCAUCUCAGUCUAGCCUAAGAUUUCAGAUCCUUCUCCCCAGUGAGAAUUUUCAAGGAAGCAAGCCUAGGAGAACACUGUGGCCGCAUGUGUGUGGCAGGGAGAGCUUGGCAGACUGUGUGUGUGCCUGAAGCUGUGCAGGUGUGCUUCUGUGUCUCUGUGUUGGACCUGUCUUUCUAAAUGUCUGUUUCUGUCAGAGAUGGUGAGGAAGUGGCUGUGUGGUCUGCUAACAGUGUGAGAGGCUGUGCAGCAGUGCAGUGGACUGAGAGCCCUGCACUGGGGGUCAGAAGCCUGGGUUCUAGUCCUGGCUCUGGCACUGUCCCUGUGGUCUUCAGCAAGCCACUUGUGUUCACUGGGUUUCAACUGUAAAAUGAGCAGCAUCUGAAAUUAUUAAUGUUCUGGAGGAAUUUUUGAUAGGCAUUUCUGUGGAGGUGUAGAGGGAACUCUCUGUAAGUCUUUGAGUACACCUGGGAGGCUUCCUGAGUUGUAUGUCCAUGUGAAAGGAGAGGGGGAAGGUCUAUGGGACCUGUGUAUGUCUGAGUGCAUGCAGAUCUAUUGGGAAUGCACGCGUGUGUCUAUGAAUGUGUAUAUGUAUGUGGGUAUAUAGUAUGUAUGUGAGUAUAUAUAGUGUAUGUAGCUAUAUGAGGUGUCUAUGAGUCAGAAUGUAUGUAUUACUGCUUCUGCUGCCAUUGCUGGAGUGGGGAAGAUGCCAGAAAAGCUGAUGAUGAAAGUCAAGAUGGAGGAGGUGAUCAAGGCCCUCCCCUGGGACUGGGCAAUAUAGACCUGCCCCCAUAUGAAGAAAAAUGAAAGCACAGUUAGCCUAAGACCGCUCAGGUCUAUGCCCCACAAACCACAUAUCCCAGGGCCAGGGUGUAUGCCCGCCAUUCUUCAGUGCUGUCAUCCCACAGCCCCUUCUCUGGAUGCCAGCCUUGGGAGGUGGGACCUGGAAGGGAGAGAGGGCAAUGAGAGGAAAGAGCAAGGCUGCUAGCUUAGGAAGGGUAGCAGCUCUCCCUGCACCACACCCAGGGGCUACCAGCUUCAAAGUGCUGAGAUGCAGCUCUCCACCCUCAAUUCCUCCAACCCACCCCUACCUCCUCUAGUACAGUGGCCCUGGUUAGAUGAAGAGAAAAUGCCAAAGGGAAGCAAGGACAGAGACGGUCCCUGUGGGGCCCACAAGGCCCAUACCAGCCCCCAUCUGUGCCCAUCUCUCUCACUCUGGUCAGAUCCCUACACCCUGUCAUCCGGGCCCCAGAGCUAAGCCUCCUACUACUGUCACCACCACCUGGGCUCCUUGACUCACCCUUCCAGAACAUGGGUACCUCCUGUUUUCCAGACAGGGCUGCCUCCAGGGCUCAUUCAGACUGCUACCUUUGCUGCUAAUUUCCCGUGUGACUAUGGCCCUCUGGCCCUGAGGAAUUAGGGAAAAGCUCCCUUUUCACAGGACAUGCCUAGUGUCUUGGCAGGCAAGGGUUUCUAACUAGAGCAGUGUACAGGUGGUGGGGAGAGGUAGGAAGCUGGCAGCCAGCACCUUCUGGGUCUAGGAAGUGUCUUGGAGGAUGAAGGGGAGGACUUGAGGCCUUAGCUUGCCCCCGCCACCCUUCCCCCUUGUAGAUACUGCCUUAACACUCCCUCUACCCUCAGCUCUGGCUGCCACCCAGCCAGGUUUCUCCGCGCUCACUAAUUUAUUUCCAGGAAGGUGUGUGGAAGACAUGAGCCGUGUAUAAUAUUUUUUUUAACAUUUCCAUCGCAGUAUUGACCAUCAUCCUUGAUUGUGUAUCGUGUAACACAAAUAAUGAUAUUAAAAGCAUCAAACAA